AUGGGUAUAUCACCCGAAUCUUCGGAGUAAAAUAAAACUUCAAUGACAUUUAUGGAUAAAAAACAAGAACUUUAAGAUAGCUAAAAGAGAAUAUUGAAUGAUAAUAAGAAAGUUAAAUUUGAUGAUUCAAAUAAACAAAUUAUAGAGCUAAAUAAAUUACUUGAUAGAUUAAAUCCUCAACUAAAAGGCUGGCAUAGAUUAGCUUUUGUCUUGCUUGGCAUAGCAUCACUAGCUGGUUGGAAUGCAAUAUUAUCUGCUAUUGAUUUUUUCUAAGCGUAAUAUCCCAAGGAUAAAUUUAUGGAUGUAUCAUUUUAUUUUCCUGUUCCAAUUAUGUUAGCAAACUGCUUAGCAGCUUUCGUUUGCCCAGCUUUAGCGCGUUUCUUUUCAUUAAAUUAAAGAAUAGCAUAUACGCUUAUGGGUACUUGCUUAACUAUGGUUUCAGUCACUAUGAUUGCAAUUUUCUUCAAUACUCAAAUGGGAUUUUGGAUUUCCUUUGUGAUACUUAUCAUUUAAGGAUUUAUUGAUUGUGUUAAUACAAGUUCAUUGAUAUCUCUAUCAGGGAUGGUAGACUCAACGCUUAAUAACACUUACUGGACUUGUACUGCUUUCUCAGGUUUAACUACAAAUUUUUUGAGAAUGAUUACUCUUGCUUGGUUUGGUGAUGGGUAAUCAGCAAUUAAUACAGGUUCAGCUCUUUACUUUUCAAUAGCUGCUUUCGUAUACGUAGUAUCAAGUACACUCUAAGUUCUAUUUGCUGAUAGUGAAUACUUCCACAUAAUAUUGAAGAGACAGAAAGUGUAUUCUAAAAUAGAAGAAAUUAAAAGAAUAUAAGCCAUAAAUAGUGAUUUGUAAUAAUAAACAACUGCACAUAAUAUUUCUUAAAUAUAUGAUUAAUAAACACAAAAAAUAAAAAUUCUAUAUACAAUAAAGCAAAAUCCUAUCAUUAAUUACUUCUUAGAGAUAAAGCAAGUUUUUAAAUACGCUGGCGCCAUUCCUGUUUUUAUAACUAUUAUUUACAUACAGACCUUUAUGGUAUUCCCUGGAGUUUCAAUCUUUUAAAAAAAACCAUAUCAUAUUGUCGGCUAGACUUGGGCACAAGUUGUUAUGAUAACUAUUUUUAACUUAGGAGAUGUCGUCGGAAAGUUUUCUGGAUUUUACAAAUCCUUACACAAACUUUAUUUUGUUUACUCUGUAGUUCUUUUAAGAUUUAUUUUCUUCUCUUUCUUUAUAAUAACUGCUAAGAGAUAGGAUCUAGAAUUUUUCUAGAACGAUUUCUUUGCAAUGAUUAACAUGUUUCUAUUUGCCUUAGCAAAUGGAUUUGGAACAACAGCUCUAAUGAAUCUAGGAACAAAAAACACUAGUGACCCUAAAAUUACAGAUCUCAUCAAUUAUUAUGGUGGAUUUGCCAUAGCUUUUGGAAUCAUGAUAGGAACAUUUUUAUCUCUUCCCCUAAACUCAUUUGUUGAUUCUUCUUGA